AUGAGUGAAGAACAGGACAAUGUUGAUGCUUUUGCGGAUAAAGGUGCCAAAUUUAUGGCAGACAGAAAGAAGAAAUUUGUCUUGGAUGUUGACCCUAAAAUUGCCAAACAAAGGGAUAGGAGUGAUACUUUUAAAAGAUUUAAAUAUUUAUUAGGGUUAACAGAUUUGUUUCGUCAUUUUUUAGGCGUUAGAGCUAAACAAGAUAAAAAUAUACAGAAACUUCUGAAAGAAAUUGAUAGUGAGAAUGUUAAAAGAUCUGGACACUCAAAAAAUGGUUCACGUCAUAAUAGAAAAUCUGAAAAAGAAGAAGACGCCGAAUUAAUGGCAGAAGAAGAAGGAGAGGGUUUAGAUGAGUUAGAAGAAGAAGACUAUGUUUCGGAAUCCCCAUCUUUCAUUCAAUCAGGUACCUUAAGAGAUUAUCAAAUCCAAGGUUUAAAUUGGCUUAUUGCUUUACAUGAAAAUAAAUUAUCGGGAAUACUUGCAGAUGAAAUGGGUCUUGGUAAGACGCUACAAACAAUUUCAUUCCUGGGGUACCUAAGGUAUGUUAAAAAAAUAGAUGGUCCGUUUUUAGUUAUUGUUCCAAAAUCAACAUUAGAUAAUUGGCGUCGUGAAUUUUCCAAAUGGACACCAGAGGUUUCCACAGUUAUUUUACACGGUGAUAAAGAUACAAGAGCUGACAUUCUACAUAAUGUCGUGCUGGAAGCAAAAUUUGACGUAUUAAUCACCUCUUAUGAAAUGGUUAUUAAAGAAAAGGGCACUUUAAAAAAAAUUGCAUGGCAGUAUAUUGUUAUCGAUGAAGCUCAUCGAAUUAAAAACGAACAAAGUGCACUCUCGCAAAUUAUUAGACUUUUCUAUUCUAAAAACAGACUAUUGAUUACAGGUACUCCAUUACAAAAUAACUUACAUGAAUUAUGGGCUUUAUUAAACUUCUUAUUACCAGACGUUUUUGGUGAUUCGGAAGUAUUCGAUGAAUGGUUCGAACAAAACAACAAUGAACAAGAUCAAGAAGUUGUUGUUCAACAAUUACAUUCAGUCUUAAACCCCUUCCUAUUAAGAAGAAUUAAAGCUGAUGUAGAAAAGUCAUUGCUACCCAAAAUUGAAACCAAUGUUUAUGUGGGUAUGACUGAAAUGCAACUUAAAUGGUAUAAAUCUCUUUUAGAAAAAGAUAUCGAUGCGGUUAAUGGUGCAAUAGGUAAAAGAGAAGGUAAAACAAGACUUUUAAAUAUAGUUAUGCAAUUAAGAAAAUGCUGUAAUCACCCAUAUUUAUUUGAAGGUGCAGAACCAGGUCCACCAUACACAACUGAUGAGCAUCUGGUUUUCAAUGCAGGUAAAAUGAUUAUUUUAGAUAAAUUAUUGAAAAGACUUAAGGAAAAAGGUUCACGUGUCCUAAUUUUUAGCCAAAUGUCUAGAUUAUUAGAUAUAUUGGAAGAUUAUUGUUAUUUUCGUGGUUUUAAUUACUGUAGGAUUGACGGCUCAACAGCUCAUGAAGAGCGUAUUCAGGCUAUUGAUGAUUACAACUCACCAAACUCAGAUAAAUUUGUUUUCUUACUAACAACACGUGCUGGUGGUUUGGGUAUUAACUUAGUUACAGCAGAUACGGUUGUUUUAUUCGAUUCUGAUUGGAAUCCACAAGCAGAUUUACAAGCUAUGGAUAGAGCUCACAGAAUUGGUCAAAAAAAACAAGUUCAUGUUUAUAGGUUUGUUACUGAAAAUGCUAUUGAAGAAAAAGUUAUUGAACGUGCUGCUCAAAAGUUGAGAUUAGACCAGUUAGUUAUUCAACAAGGUACUGGGAAAAGGACUAGUAAUUUAGGUAAUACUAAAGAUGAUUUGGUAGAAAUGAUUCAAUAUGGUGCCAAAGAUAUUUUCGGAACGUCUUCUGGAUCAAUGACAGUUGAUGCUGAUAUUGAUGAAAUAUUGCAUAGGGGUGAAAAGAAAACUGAAGAAUUAAAUCAAAAAUACCAAGCUUUGGGUCUAGAUGAUCUUCAGAAGUUUAACGGUCUGGAAAAUCAAUCUGCUUACGAAUGGAAUGGGAAAACAUUCAAUAAAAAAUCAGAAGAUAAAGUAGUAGAAUGGAUUAAUCCAUCUAGAAGAGAAAGAAGAACUACUCAACAAACAUAUUCAGUAGAUGACUAUUAUAAAGAGAUAAUUGGUGGUUCAAAAUCGAAUUCCAAAAACUCUAAUAAAACUGCCCAACAGAUCAAAGCACCUCGUGCUCCUAAAAUGAUAAAUACCCAAGAUUUCCAAUUUUUUCCUAAAGAACUUAAUGAACUUCAGCAAAAGGAACAAUUAUCUUAUAAAAAGAAAGUUAAUUAUAAAGUAACAGCAUAUGAUAUAAAUAGUAGUAACGUAAAUGAUAGUGACAGCGAUGAUGCAAGUGAUGAUGAAAAAGAAAAGGAAAGUAAUAAAUCUGACAGUGAUAUUGAGAAAAAAAUUAAAGCUGAACAGGAAAUCAUUGAUAAUGCUCCUGAUUUCAAUGAAGAAGAUGAAAAUGAAAAACAACGAUUAAUUAGUCUUGCUUUUAAUAACUGGACCAAGCGUGAUUUCCUCUCAUUCAUAUCUGCAUCUGCAAAAUACGGCAAAGAUAAUUUAAAGAUGAUUCAAAAUGCAUUGGAAACCAAAACAUUAGAUGAGGUUAGAUCAUAUCAUAAAAUUUUUUGGGAAAGAUACACUGAAAUCCAGGGAUAUGAGAGAUACAUAACAACAAUUGAAAAUGGUAUGAAAAAACAAGAAAAAUUAAAGCAACAAGAGCAAUUGUUAAAACAAAAGAUUGAACUAUGUAAAUAUCCUUUACAUGAAUUAGUCAUACAGUACCCACCAAAUAAUGCCCGUAGAACUUAUAACGCACUUGAAGACCGAUUCAUGCUAUUGGUCGUUAAUAAAUACGGCCUGUUUUCUGACAAAUUAUAUGAAAGAGUAAAACAAGAGAUUAUGAAGAGUGAAUUAUUCACAUUUGAUUGGUUUAUAAAAACUAGAUCAAUUCACGAGCUAUCGAAGAGAAUUACUACUCUGUUGUCUCUAAUUAUGAGAGAGCACGAAGCUCCAGAAACCCUUAAGAAAAAGCGUCAUAGACCUAAAAAAGAUGAGACUCCAUUACCCGCCAUGAAUAAUACUGUGGUCAUGAGAGUAACCCAGCAGACUAACGAAGUUCACGACGACAAGAGACAGAAGGUUAAGUAG